AUGGCGGAAGCUGCCAUCGUCGGCAUUGCUGAAGAGAUCAUUGCUAAUCUUGUUCCUCGAUCAAUAGAAAAGGUUGGAAAUUUAUGGGGUGUCAAGCGUGAACUCGAGGUGCUCAAGGACACUGUCUCCACGCUUUGGGCUGUACUGGAGGAUGCGGAGGAGAAAUACGACCAGAGUCUCCAAAUCCAAGUUUGGCUUGAGAAACUGAAAGACGUUUUUUAUGAUGCACGAGACGUGCUUGAAGAAUUCAAUAUAGAAGCUACACGACAAGAACUGAGCGGCCACAAUGAAAUGUUCAAGGAGGUAAGGACAUUUUUCUCAAGUUCAAACCAGCUUGCUUUUAAACUGAAGAUGAGUUCCAAAGUGAGAGCACUGAGGGAGCAAAUAGAAGCCAUUAAGGCUGACAGGAGAUUUCACUUGGAUGAGCGGAAUUCGCCAGUAGAUAGAGAAUGGAGGAAGAGAGAGGAGAGACAUUCAUUUAGAUGUGAGGAAGAUAUUAUUGCGGGAAGAGAAGACGAUAUGAGGGGGCUCAUGAAAUUUUUACUGGAUUCAUACAUGCCAGAGAACAUUUCCAUCCUUCCAAUAGUUGGUAUGGGUGGGGUUGGAAAAAAGACUCUUGCUCGAAAAGUAUACAAUAAUGCACAGGUUGGUUUAUAUUUUGACUUGAAAAUGUGGGUUCGUGUCUCUGUUGACUUUGAUGUGGAUAAAAUAGUGAAAAACAUCAUAGUUUGUGCAAUGAAGAAAGAACGGACCACAGUUGCAAUGGGACAGUUGCAAAGUGAACUGAAGGCACAAAUUGAUGGAAAGAGAUAUCUCUUAGUUUUAGCUGAUUUGUGCAGUGUAGAGCAACAAACAUGGCUGAGCUUGAAAACUUUAUUGGCGGGAGGUGCUAGAGGAAGCAAGAUUCUUAUAACCACUCGCAAUCAUCUGGUUGCGGAAAUAACCAGCACUAGUCCACCUUUUUUUCUCGAGGGAUUAUCUGACGACGUGUCUUUUUAUUUAUUAAUGCGAAUGGCUUGUCCAGAAAAAGAGCACGUGCAAGAUCCUGACAUAGAAGCUAUUGGCAAAGAGAUAGUUCCAACGUGCCGUGGGAUUCCAUUGCUUGUUCGAACUGUUGGGAAUUUACUGUUCUUUAAGAAAACUAAAACUGAAUGGCAACAUUUCAAAGAUGAUCUCCGAGAAGUGUUUUUUAGGCAAGGCGACACGAAAUCUAUUCUUAAGCUAAGUUACAACCAUCUUCCUUCACAUUUGAGACAAUGUUUUGCAUUCUGUUCAUUGUUUCCCCAAGAUUAUGAGAUAAAGAAGCAAGCUUUGGUCAAUCUUUGGGUGGCAGGAGGAUUUAUCCAACCAUCGGGUAGAAUUCAGGAUUUAGAAGACAUUGCCCAUGGAUAUUUCAUGGAUCUACUUUUGAGUAACUUCUUCGAAGAUUUUGAAGAAGACAACGGGACUUGUAAGAUGCAUGAUUUGAUGCAUGAUCUAGCCUACUCAGUUGCAGGGACGGAAUGUUGGGCGGCAAGGGAUGACCCAGGAUCUAUACAUGAAAGAACUCGUCAUAUAUCUCAUGAUUCAAUUUCCAAUUUGGUGGGUGGACUUCUAAUCUCACGCUUGAAAGCAAGUUCAUUGAAAACAUUUCUUUUUGUACCUGCAUAUCGCGAAAUGGAACAAAGAAAACCAACAAGUGAAGCAGAUCUACGCCAGCUCAUUCAAAGUUACAAGAGGUUGCGCAUCUUGGAUUUGCAUGCCGCAAUUGUUAAGAAGGUGCCAAUAACCAUUUGUAAGUUGAAGCAUCUCACAUAUCUCGAUCUCUCUCACAAUAAUGAACUCAAAAGGCUUCCCAACUCCAUUACGAGAUUGCAAAAUUUGCAAACACUUAAUCUCCAAGGUUGUUUUGCCCUUGAAGAAUUGCCACGGGAUAUAAGGAAGUUGAUUAACCUUCGAAAUCUAGACAUAGAUUAUUGUUACAGUCUUAAUUAUGUGCCACAUGGACUAGGGCAAUUGACUUGUCUACACAGGCUAACACGCUUCAUUUUGCCCCAAGGUAAAGAUCUUGCUAAGAAUUAUUGUGGACUUGAGGGGCUAAAAGGGCUUAAUAACAUCCGUGGAAGCCUUAGCAUUGAAAAUUUGGGGCACUCAAGAGAUGCAUUAGUAGAAUCUGGGGCGGCGAACUUGAUAGAGAAGCAGCAUCUGGCAUCUUUGAUACUCAAAUGGAGCUAUCUUGAUAAUGAUGAUGCAGUAAAUGGUGAUACAGAUGAAGCUUUAUUAAAUGGGCUGAGGCCGCACUCAAAUUUACAGAAGUUGACGAUCCACGGAUAUAAAGGUGAGAACUUUCCAAGGUGGAUUAUAAAUAACCUUGAGUAUUCCUUGCCAAAUUUAGUUGAGUUACGCUUGUUGAGAUGCGGAAAAUGUAAACAUGUCCCUCAACUAGGCCGACUACCUCACCUCAAAUCUUUAGAGAUUUGGAGGCUCACUGAAUUGGAAUACAUUGAGUCAGACCAUUCUUCCACUUCUGAAUUGGAAUACAUUGAGUCAGACCAUUCUCCCACUUCAACAGCAUUAUUUCGUAGUCUAUCGAGAUUAGACAUCCAGUACUGUGAAAACUUGAAAUCCAUGCCACUAGCUCCACGUCUUGAGGAUUUGAUUCUGAGGAAGGUCAACCGAGAGUUGAUAAAGCUUAUAUUUGGCCUUAAUGUGUUGAAGAGUCUAGAUAUCUCGCAGAUGGAGUUUCUAGAAUGUUUGCCUAAGGAUUUUUUGCAAAGUCUCACUUCACUUGAACGUCUGGGCAUCAGUGAAUGUCCUCGGUUAACUUCCCUCUCGGGUAUGCAACAUCUGCCGAGACUUAGGCGCCUUUCUUUUUCUAAUUGCAAGGAGCUGGAUAUAUCCAAAGACGAAAACGGCAACAUCUCAGAUUUGCAAGGACUUAAGAGUCUCGGGUCCGUGUACAUCCAUGAACUUCCCAAAUUAGCAUCUCUCCCACAAUGGCUUCUACGGGUCAGCAAUCUCGAGCAUCUUUCUAUUAAAAAGUGCUUAAAAUUGAAGGUUUUGCCAGAGCAGAUCGAGGCCCUUCAAUCACUUCAACGGCUUGACAUCAUCCGGUGCCCCUUGUUGACAUCAUUACCUGAAGGAAUGCAAAGGCUUACAUCCCUUAAUUACCUAAAAAUCGCAGGUUGCCCAAAUUUGGAAGAGGUGUGCGAAAGAGAUGGAGGCGAGGACUGGUACAAGAUUGCUCAUAUCCCAUACAUAACUCACCAGCUCGAAUACUAUGAACGCCACUUAUGA